GUUGUAUCGCAGUGGGGGACGGGUAUUUAGGCAUUUUCUCUUCGAUCCGUGUAACAGCUUUGAGAUUAGCGAGUCAAAGAGAGAGCAGGGUCAUUGUGACGACGCGUGUUAUCAGCCCAUUGCAAAUAGAAGAAACCGCUUGUCCGUAAAUAACACUGGGACAUUCAGUCAAUCUCGAAUGGACUCGAAGCAGCGAUGAUCGAGGCAUAACAAGCUCUCUCUCUAUCAGUUUCCUGUUUUACGAUCGUUCUCCAUAGACCGGUCGAACGAAUCCCCUACCUGUCUAGGAUCGAACACCGGGUCUCAACUACUUGCUCGAGUUUCGAGAUGUUACUGUCAAGCGUUUGGUUCGAAAUAAUCGCGGCGGCUCUUUUGACGAUAUUGAUCUUCGCCACUAGUUAUCGGCCAGCUUGGUGGUUCUGGACCGGUACCUCUCACAAAGCCAAGGUACCAGCUAAUGAGGAGAAGCACGAUAAAAAAUGCCAGAAAACAGUGUCCAAUGUACCAGGACCGUAUCCUUUGCCGAUUUUUGGAACUAGAUGGAUAUUUUCUUAUAUCGGUUCCUACAAACUGAACAAGAUUCACGAUGCUUACAGAGAUUUGCACCGACGAUACGGAGCGUUGUGCAAAGAGGAAGCAUUAUGGAAUUUCCCUGUGAUCUCUGUGUUCUCGCGUCAGGACAUUGAAGCUAUUCUACGCCGAAACUCCAAGUAUCCACUUCGUCCUCCGCAAGAAGUCAUAUCCUAUUAUCGGCAGACUCGUCGGGAUCGUUACACGAAUCUCGGUUUGGUUAACGAGCAGGGACCAACGUGGCAUAAUCUUCGGGUAGCUCUUACGUCAGAACUGACGGCCGCUAGUACUGUCCUUGGUUUCUUCCCGGCCCUGAAUGUCGUCGCGGAUUCGUUCAUCGAGUUGAUUCGUCGACGAAGAACGGGAUGCAAAGUGACAGGUUUCGAGGAGCUUGCUUACAGAAUGGGACUCGAAAGUACCUGUACUUUGAUCCUGGGUCGACAUUUGGGUUUUCUAAAGCCAGAUUCCAGCAGCGAACACGCCACGAGAUUGGCGGAAGCUGUCAGGAUACACUUUACGGCCUCGCGGGACGCCUUUUACGGACUACCACUGUGGAAAUUAUUACCAACUUCCGCAUACAAGCAACUAAUAGAGAGCGAAGAUGUAAUAUACAAUAUUAUCUCGGAAAUCGUUGAAGCAACUAUAUUGGAGAAGCGUAACGAUGCUAAGGAUGAAUCGGUCGAGGCUGUUUUUCAAUCUAUUCUGAGGCAAAAGAGUCUCGAUAUACGCGACAAAAAGGCGGCUAUCGUUGACUUUAUAGCAGCUGGUAUACACACGCUAGGAAACACUUUGGUCUUCUUGUUCGACUUAAUCGCGCGUAAUCCAGACGUACAAGCUAAACUUUAUGAAGAAGCGUAUUCAUUGGCACCGUCUGGCUGCGAUCUAACGAUCGAGGAUCUACGGCAAGCGAAGUAUCUUCGCGCAUGUAUUACCGAAUCAUAUCGAAUGAUUCCAACGACAACUUGUAUCGCUCGCAUUUUGGACGAAUCCAUCGAACUCAGUGGUUAUCAUCUUACUACAGGAACUACGGUGCUUCUACACACUUGGAUAGCAGGUUUGGAUGAAGAGAAUUUCAAAACUCCCGAAAGAUAUUUGCCUGAAAGAUGGCUGACCCCUGUCAGCCCUCAUUCGCCGUUAUUGGUCGCGCCAUUUGGAACUGGAAGAAGGAUAUGUCCAGGCAAGCGGUUUGUGGAUCUCGCGUUACAGCUUAUUUUGGCAAAGAUCAUACGGGAAUUUGAGAUCAUCGUAGACGAGGAACUUGAGUUACAAUUUGAAUUUAUCCUCGCGCCGAAAGGACCGGUCUCCUUUGGUUUCCGUGAUCGUUCUUAAGAAGAUGCAACAAACUGAUGUUUAAAUAUUAUCGAAAUCUUUUAUAAUUCUUUCAUUGCCGAUCAUGAAAUGAUUAAUGCUGUAAGUAAUUUUUGUUUCUUCAAUUCCGGAUAUAUGUAUACUUAUAUAUUAUAUAUACCGGAUAUAUCGUAAUACUUCCUUAUGUUUAAUUGUGUGCGCGUUGAUUUUGAAAUCGUCUUAUUCUUGGAUUAUUUAGUUGUUUGAAUGUUCCCCUACAUCUUCGUGCAUCAUCUACGAAGAAUAAGGCGAUUUCGAACACUAUACGAAUGACGUUUUGUGUUUCGGUAUUAAAAAUCUUCUUUUUUUGAA